ACAUUUUUUCUAAAUGAAACAGCUGAGCUUUUUGCCAUUUCCGAAAAGAUGAAGAGACCAGCACAACUAGUUUUCGUUCCCUCCCCGGUUAUCGGCCACAUCGUAUCAACGAUCGAGAUUGCAAAGCAACUCGUUGCUCGGGACGACCAACUGUUUAUCACAGUCCUCGUCAUGAAGCUUCCCUACGACCAACCAUUCACCAACACUGACUCUUCAAUCUCUCACCACAUCAACUUCGUCAACCUCCCCGAAGCCCAACUGGACACACAAGAAGCCAUCCCCAAACCCGGGUCCUUGACCAGAAUCCUCGUCGAAAAUCACAAAACUCACAUCAGAGACGCCGUUGUCAACUUACUCUCUGAGUCAGAUCAGCCUGAGUCGGUGUCGAAGCCUCGGCUUGCCGGGUUCUUGCUCGACUUUUUAUGCGCAACCCUAGUUGACGUGGCUGACGAAUUUAUGGUUCCCUCCUACGUGUUCUUCCCCUCCACCGCUUCGCUGCUCGCACUUUUGUUCCAUUUUCAAUUGCUUCGCGACGAGGGCGGCAUAGAUAUAACUGAGUUUACGCGCUCGAGCGCUGAGUUGGCCGUCCCGAGUUUCAUCAACCCUUACCCUACCGCAGUCUUGCCCGGUACGUUUGCGGACAAAGAGAUCACCGGAUCAAUCCUCAACUCUACCAGCAGGUGUAGACAAAUCAAGGGUAUUUUGGUAAAUACAUUCUUGGACCUGGAGUUGCAUGCUCUUCAUUAUCUUGAUUUUGAUGAUAAAAUCCCACCCGUCUAUCCAGUGGGGCCCUUAUUGAACCUCAAAAGUAGUGAUGAAAAUAAGGGUUCGGAUAUCUUCAGAUGGCUUGAUGAUCAGCCCCCCGUCUCGGUGGUGUUCCUAUGUUUUGGGAGCAUGGGAAGUUUCGGUGAGGCCCAGGUGAAAGAGAUAGCUUGUGCGCUGGAGCAUAGCGGGCAGCGGUUUUUGUGGUCCCUACGCCGGCCCCCACCUAAAGGCAAGAUGGCUAUGCCAAGCGACUAUGCGGAUCUAAACGCAAUCUUGCCGGAAGGGUUUCUUAAUCGGACAGCUCCGAUUGGGAAGGUGAUAGGUUGGGCCCCGCAAGCGGCCAUUCUGGCCCAUCCGGCGACCGGUGGGUUUGUAUCACAUUGCGGGUGGAAUUCCACGUUGGAAAGUUUAUGGAAUGGGGUGCCGAUUGCCACGUGGCCAAUGUACGCAGAGCAAAACCUUAAUGCCUUUCAACUGGUGAAGGAAUUGGGAUUAGCUGUGGAGAUUAAGAUGGAUUAUAGGAAGGACAGCGACGUGGUGCUGAGUGCAGAAGAUAUAGAAAGAGGGAUAAGUCAAGUGAUGGAGCUCGAUGGUGAUGUACGGAAAAGAGUGAAGGAGAUGAGUGAAAAGAGCAAGAAAGCCUUGGUGGAUGGUGGUUCUUCUUACUCUUCAUUAGGGCGUUUUAUUAAUCAAAUUUAAUUUAGUGGGCGGGUUUUAUAUUUUACUCGUUUAUUUUGCAUGGUGUAAUUUGCAACGUUUGUAUUGUAAAUUUUCCAUUAACAUAGUUAAACGUAUCAAAUCUGAAGAUUUUAUGGUGAA